UUCAAGAAACAAGAACUGGGGGUCCGAUCGCACCGGCGCGGGAGCCAUGGUGUCGUUCAGGCCGCCGCCGCUGCUCUGGCUGCUGGUGGAGCGGCGCAGGCCAGCUUCCACUUCGGCCCGGGCUGGCGGCCCCUGCGCGGGAAACAGCUCACCCAGUUGGGGCGCAAGACAUACCCCCGGCCUCAUGAGUACCUGUCCCCAUCGGAUCUGCCCAAGAGCUGGGACUGGCGCAACGCGGAUGGGGUCAACUACGCCAGGGUCACCAGGAGCCAGCACAUCCCCCAGGCCGGCGGCCUCAGCGCCACGGCCGACUGGAGCCCCAACAAGCGCAAGGGGGCGUGGCCUUCAGUGCAGCACGUCAUCGACGGCGGCAACGCCGGCUUCUGGGAGGCGGGCGACCACCUGCAGGGGUGGGAGCACGCCCGCCCGCGCCGCAUCCCCGACGAGACCCGCAACAACGACCAGGCCAAGGACCAAGAGUGUGACAAGUUUAACCAGUGCGGAACCUGCACCGAAUUCAAAGAGCGCCGUGUCAUCCAGAACUACACCCUUUGGAAAGUUGGCGACUAUUGCUCGGUCUCCGGGAGGGAAAAGGUGAUGGCGGAAAUCGACACAAAUGGUCCCAUCAGGGGCGGUACGAUGGCAACAGAAAAGAGGUCUAACUACACUGGAGGCAUCUAUGCUGAAUACCAGGACAAGUCCUACAUAAACCACAUCAUUUCCGUGGCUGGGUGGAUGGAGUACUGACUUGUCCGGAAUUCAUGGGGCGAGCGAGGCUGGAUCAGGAUAGUGACCAGCACCUACAAAGAUGGGAAGGGUGCCGAUUACAACCUUGCUAUUGAGGAGAACUGCACAUUUGGGAACCCCAUCGUUUAAGGCAGACGUCUCCAACGAGCAGUUCUUAAAGAAAUGAUCUCAUGAGCCGUAACCAGAGGGGAUCGCAUCAUCACGGGCACUGGGUUGGUACUGCCAUGGUUCGAAAGAACUGGGGGUUGAUGUUCAAGUGUCUGACUCCUGGUAACGGCACUGAGCACGGAGGAGAGACACCCGUCAAAAUGCCUCAUGGCCUGAAAGAGGGUUCCCAGGGGAGAGUCUAAGGGGGGGACGACUCAGCACCUGCACAGGACUGCUUCCUGUCAUGAUGCCGGCAGCGAACCAUCUACCUGGAGAAGAGUGAUCACCAAACAGUGAAAGAUGUGACCUACAUUUUCUUCAAUAAAUGAUUUGGCAGCUAUGGUUUGUGAUAUAUUUAAGAGGUAAAACAGUUCAGACUUAUCACCAGUUCCUUUGUCACCUUGAAAUCAAUGGUGGGGUAGUGGGGGGAGAUGCCAAUUUCAA